AUGGUCGCGCCUCUGGACUGGGAGUCUGUACGUGUUGACACCGGCGUUUUAUCCGGAGAUUCUAUUUCUGUACACUAUGAUCCAAUGAUUGCGAAACUUAUUGUAUGGGCCGAUAACCGUUCCGAGGCUCUGCAUCGACUCUCAACAGCACUUUUGAACUACCACAUCGUUGGACUUCCAACCAACCUGUCCUUGCUGCGUAGACUUGUCCGUCUUCCGGCUUUGGUGGCAGGCGCCACGCAUACUGGAUUCAUUACAACCCAUCUUGCGGAAUUGGCUCCGAGUCUGCCGCCACAUAAGUCACGACAUCGGAUGACGCGCCUGGCAGCGGCAAUAUGGGUUUUUUUGGAGAAGGCCUUCACCGCUAUACCGCGGUCCCCAUUAGCUCGUCCAAAUUCCUUUUCAUUCUCGCCACAUGGCCGAUUUUCUGGGUUCCGGGUCAAUUCGAGCUUUGUGCGGCGAGUGUCGCUGGAGCUGUUGGGUGGAGCCCAAGGGGACACUGAAGCACUAGAAACAACCGCUGCCCGCGUCAACUAUUUAGAUCCUUUUCGAGGCCUUUAUCUUGUUAACUUGAGUGAGGAGAUUGACUCCGGGUCGUCGCAACGCAAUAAGUUUCAGGUAUUUUAG